UCACUAUCAUCUCGCUUCAUAAACCAUGAAACGUUGAAAUAGGCAUACCACUUGGGACAUUGAAAAUUCACUUUCUAUACCUAGUUCAGGUUUCAAACAACGCUAGUCCUUGUUUAAAAAAACGGUUGUCUUGUCGGGUUCAGAUUAUCUUUCUUUCCUGAUAACCUUUCCUUUUUUUUUGUUCCUAAUAUUAUUUUACAGCACUAUAAUUUAUCAAAUCAAAGAUAAAAAAUACACUACAGUACAAAUAGCUAGCACUUGCCACUAAAUAUGGAACACUACGAAGAUGACGAAACACCCGCACUCUUGCAGCAGCUUUUGCGGCAGAAUGCCAGCGAAGGCUUUGGUCCGUUCGCUGAGAAUCUAAUGGCCGAACCACUUUACCACGCACCUUCCGUCACCUCCCAAAACUCUAAUGCGGCAAAUCGUGAUUUCCUCCCUUCCGUCUUGAACCCGACAGCCAGAGGCUCCAUCGUCCAACUUACAUACGAACAAGCAAUCAGCGCAUUCGAGAAAUACUGCGAAGCGGCACAAAACAAAUCUCAUCUCCAGGAAAGGCAAGUUACCAUAGUCGCAUACGACGAAACGGGUGGCCAAACAAGCGUCCAUCAAAUCAAUCUGACCUUCGAUCUUGAUCUCAAGCCAUUAAUUCAGAUUUUACAAGAAUUAAUCGACCAACGAGAACGCGAACCUUCCCACACCGGCAAAGGUAAAUUCUUAAUCAGACGUAUCGAUGUCCGCUCCGGUCGAGGUUCUAUGGACAGAUGCUUUCCAGCCAUCGAAGGGACGGUUAUUGAAGCAACGCAGCCCUGUAACCCCCCAUCAGCUCAAUGGGUAACGUGGAAUUGCGGUGGUCCAAUGGAAAUUUAUUGGAGAUACUACCGCACCGCCAUGCAGCUUGGUAUCGGCGCUGGCCCUAGUGGUCCUAUUUUGAAACUCCGUACUGUCAAAUGCAAGGAUACAUACGACAGUGAUGAGGUCGGUCAUAUUUUCAACACUAUCAGCUCUCAAAAUCAACGAACCAGACGUUAUUCCGGCGGAAAGCCACCAGGCGGCGGUGUCUUUGGAAACAUGUCAAGUGGAACAGUAUCUAAAACUCGGCCACAAUUGAACCCUGUCGCAUCUGCGUUUAAGUUCGGCAUUACUAUCGACGAAUCUAUCGGCGAUACGAAUACCCUAUCAUCUACAGUUAGUCAUAAAGGCAAGGGUGUUGAUGUUGAUAAUUCCGGUACAAAUGAACUUUUGCAAGGAGGCGAAUACAAUGGCGGCAGUAAAAAGGUUACUGUUGACACGAGUACUGCUACUGAGUGGAAAAAAGCUCCCAUUCCUGAUUGGAAUAGCUUGCCACCAGCACUUAAUCAUAACCCUGGUGGGUAUCAGGUAAAGCCAACCAGUUGGUCAUAUUGGCAACGGAUUGGUGGCGACCCUGAGACACAUAAGGAGUUUCCUUUAGGCCACAUCCCUUACCCCGAGACACCAGACAUUGACCUCUGCGACUUUCUUCCAGGAGAACAACUUGACAUGAAAGGAUCAGCUGCAACUGCCAUGAAAGCCAUUUCAAAAGACGAGCAGCCAAUUAUGCCAAUUUUAAGUGCAGAAGAACAGGCAGCCAUUGACCAGAUCAUGGGCCAAACAAGAAAGGAGUUCAACGAUGCUAGGAGUUUUGCCCAAGCAGAUGAUGAUAUUUUCAUCUCAAUUGCCAAUCCAAACUGGGAUCCAAAUGAUCGGAAAAAUCGGCUUACAAAGGACGAGGAAGUCAUAUCGAGUUUUACAAAAAAUACAAGCAUACCCAUAAAAUACCAAAGUCAGCCGGCGGUUUUUGAGCAUAAACCAGAACCACCAUCCUACGUCAACGCAUACUACAAUCGCCCAACCCAACCAAUGAUUGGCACUACGUCUGUCACUAGCCCCGGUACAGUUUCCAGCAUAGAUUCUCCUGUUAGAUUUGCGUCACCACGCGCCACCCAGAGCAAAUCAACGUUUCCAUCCGGUGGUCGGGCAAGGCCUUUCACACCGAGUCAGAUGACUUCGUUCCAACCGCUGAAAGUUGGAAGCAGGCCUGGCACACCUACGCUUAGAUACGGUGGCAACACUAGCUCGUUCGCAAUGCCAAGUACCAGCAUCGGGUUCAAUGCUCCCCCUAAUACCAUCUCCCGCAGUAGGCCAUCCUCGCCUGCAAACUCGAGCCAGAUGGUAGACCAAUUCGGCGCCUUGAAUAUGGCUAACACCCAGGGUUUUCUGCGCGGCCACAAUAACCAAUUGUUCGUCCCAGGAUUCGCAGCAAAUCAGAAUACCUCGACCGCCCAUGGUCUUGGUAAUCUUCCACAGAACUUGGUAGAUUGGAAUUUCGUCCAAGGAGAGAGUAGAUAUCCUUUCCGAUACAAGUUUGAAUUCGGUGGCAACGGAAGCAAUGAAAACGGCGGUGGGGGAUUUUGAUUGAUAGAAUGCGGUAUGCCAAUUUUCUGCUGAGCUUUUGCCGGCCGGCUUUGACGCAAGGUUGGGAUAUUCGGAUGCAUUUCUGGUGAUAGCAAGGCUUGGAAAGUCAUCGUGCAGAUUCUCUUUGCAGAAAGCGACUUAUUAGUAAAAAAAGAUCCUGUAUUUAGUUUCUAGAAGCGUCGGUCAUCCCAUGGCUGAGAUGUGGCCGUUCAUCUACCACUCAAUCCACCUCUUCUUACUUUAUGCCUGAAAGUUCUCAUGUGAUUGAGUGCCAUUUUCAGAGUGAAGAAUGCCGAUACAGCUGGGAUAAAACACUACUUUACCCGCAAAUACCUGGAUGCAUUUACUGAUUUGAACGAAUUCAUUGGGAAAGUCUGUCCGAGAAAAAAAAAGGUUAAUUGCCGAGUCAAGUCAAGAAGUGAGCCAAUUGUAGAAAAUAACGGAUGAAUGUGGAAGAUUGCUAUUUUACAUUGUAGAUCAUCAAUGUCAAGGUUGAUGACAUGCAUUGAUAUGGAUUAUUUGAGGAGUAGUUUUCAAUCCAAAAGCCGAGCAAUCCAAUGCGGUUAUGUCCAGUUUCUGUAGGGAUAUUGACUUGGCUAGCGGGCAAGCCAGACAUUGAUGAGCUGAAUCUAAAGAAUCGGCUAGUGACGACUGGUAGUAUGCAUGGGACUAGCCUCGGCGGCUAUUCCAGUGGUCUGGUGCUGUUAGCCUGUUGGCUGGAUCAAGGGACUGGCCCUUGUAAGAAACCUGCAUUCGAGAGCCACACUGAGGACGAUAAUGUACGACAUAGUAAAUAUUGUCACUUGGCAUAUCUAACUCUAGAAGGAAUCAACAAAAAUGUACUGCGGGGACAUGGAACUCAGAAUAACGAUAUUAAUGCAGCUGACUGAACCUUGAACUUUUUUGAAUUUAGUCAAGGCGGGGUACCUAUGAAGCAUAUCAAGUUAGGUGAGCUGGCAAAGAUGGCAGAUAUACCAUCGUCCAAAGAGUGAGAAGCAUGUGAAACCGUGGCACCAACGAGUCAUCUGUUUGUGUACCCUCCGCAGGUUAUAUGCAAGUUUAUAGAUAUCGGUACCGAUUGUUGUGUGAUAUGAUUUGUCCUGUAGAACUAUAGCUUGCUCCAAGGACUGCAGCUGUCGACUUCAAGGCUGUGUGAGGAUGCUAAACAUUUAGGACGGCGUCGGCACUUCCCGCCAGCUCCUUCGUGUUCCAGUGGAGUGUAUGUAAAUUUAUUAUCGGCUCUUCGUUAUUGGAGAAGGAGGUGUUCGUCCACCACGAGUACGAAUCCAGCAGAUUGAGGAACGGCGUCGAGUGGGCCAAUUGAUGGACAAUGAUACUCAUCGAAUACACAUCUGCGAACUGGAUCAUUUGAUUGGGUUCGUAGGGGGACUUACUCCGGUUGAUUGUUGGACCAAAAGCCACGCCAGCGAGCUGGACUGGUGGAUGAAUUGAAGCUUUGAAGUUUGUGUGGAGAGAAAUGAAGCAAUGUGGUGGUGAUGUGAGAGGUGAAGACGGAAUUUCUAGCAAAUGGCGGCGGAUGAAGUUAGCGGUAGACGGCCGGCUAUUGGAUACUGCGGGGCCAUGUGCUGAAAUGCAAGGAUAGGCUAAAUAAAACACACUGAAGGAUGGUGUCGUACUGAACACGGAAAGCCUGUAGUUGUAAUUGUCCCACACGAUGCAGAUAGAAAUUUGGAAAAUGGGAAAUGGGAAAUGGA